AUGGAUGCGGCAUUUAUCUGGAAUUUGUCCAAGCUAGGAAGGAUUGGCUCGAGACGUCUCCAGUUCGACGAUGACUUUGCCGAUCGGUUAAACUAUCAAUACACGGGUGUACUACUCUUCCUGUUCAUUGGUUUGAUUGGGGUGCGACAAUAUGUGGGCAAACCAAUUCAGUGUUGGAUUCCUCAAGAAUUCACACGGGGCUGGGAAGAGUAUGCAGAGAACUACUGCUGGGUCGCAAAUACUUACUUCGCUCCUGUGCAAGAUCGUCUUCCACCUGUACCGGACAGAAGAGAACUUCUACUCGUCUACUAUCAGUGGGCACCAAUCGUAAUGGCCGCUCAGGCGUUGUUGUUCUACUUACCAUGCCUGACCUGGAGGUUGAGUAUGGCUCAUUCCGGUUUCAACCUGCACCGAAUUUUGAGUAUGGCUGCUGACGCGAACGAGAUGGUUCCAGAGACAGCGAAUAAAACAGUGUGCGUACUAGCACACUAUAUUCGAAACUGUAUUCAGCGUCACCGGGUGGAUGAAUUCCCUCGGCUUGGUACCUAUUCCCGUCUGGCGAACGACAAGACGAACAAUGUGUUCACUGACACGGUCCUUCCAAACGUACAGAUUGCAAAUGAACAUGGGGUUGAAAUGAAUCAGAAUGGUCAGACAGAAUCGGAAAAGAUGUUUCAUGAAGCAGAUGGAAAUGCGAACAAGAACGACAACGUAGACGGGAAAUCGGAACAUCUCAGUGCAAAAUCCGGACCGCGUCACAGUUUGAUCACUGAAGCAAAUCAACAUGGCCGAACACGAAAGCCAGCCCCUCCACCGCCUUCUCAGCCUUCAACCACAAAAUCUGUGCUGCCCUAUUCGUCCCCGGACUACACAUGCCCUCCAGUACGAUCGGUUGCCAAAAUGACAGACCUCUCUGCUAGAAACAAUGAUUCGAAAGGGCAAAAGACCUUACGAGUAGAUAAAACUGCUGGAUCUGGUUCACGUGAGUGUCCCAUUCCCAAAAGUCCACUCUUCUCAUCAUCAACUUGUCAACUUGAGAGCAAUGGAAUGAUGGUCAUGUUUCUGUACGACCAAGUGAGACAGAAUGUUGCUCAAAAGAAUUUUUCUAGUUUUCUAGUUAUCCUAUUGGCCUUAUUUAUACAGUUGCUUGCAUUGCUACUUGCGGUCGUACCCAGACAGCGUGAGUCAGCGUUGAUCAAGGUCAGACAACGCCCCCGCAAUAUGCAGCGCAUCGCAGCGUCGUACCAAAGGCAGACCGCGUGCGUCAGCACUGGACCAAAUGCCUCGGCUGGUGCAAACAAAUCCAAUUCAUCCGGGAAAAUGAGACUGCCCAAUUCAAUCUUCCCCCGAUGUGGACGGAAACAUGGAAAUUUCUUGAUCUCCCUUUACAUCGCUGUCAAAUUCUGCUAUCUAUUUAAUGUUAUCGGUCAGAUCUACUUGAUGCAGUCGUUCAUUGGCACCAAGUACACAUCAUACGGUGCCCGUGUCCUUAUCGAUCUGAUCCAAGGCCGCGAGUGGCAUCAUUCCGGGCAUUUUCCCCGGGUUACGUUUUGCGACCUGGAAGCGAAAAAACUUGGCAAGAAUCAUGUGUACACCCUCCAAUGCGUACUGCCGCUAAACAUGUUUCUGGAGAAAAUAUACAUAUUCCUGUGGUUUUGGCAUGUGGCCAUAGCUAUGAUUACUCUGCUCAGUUUGUUGGUUUGGCUGUACCGCAUGUUUGCCUCACAUUCCAGAGUUCAUUUUGUGCAUUCGUAUCUGAAACCCGAAAACACUGUUCCCUUACAUUCGGCACUAUUGGAGGAAUUUGUGGACUGUUAUCUGGGACAUGAUGGGAUGUUCAUCAUACGAUUGAUUAGUACAAAUUGUGGAGGUAUACUAGCCUGCGACUUGGUAAAUGAACUGUGGUCCGGUUACACAGAUCCUAAACGUGAGGCGCUGGGCAAGCAAAUGCCAGAGGACAAACGCAUGUGGUGUUGCGGCCCCGUGGAGGGUGGAGGAGUUCACGAUUGCAAAAUGCUUCAUACGGUCAUCAUACCGGAAAAUUAUCACCACACGUGGCUUCCCUUGAAGGGACCUCCCCUAGGUUCGGACAGUGUGGGGAACCUCCAAGCAGGCCCACUUGACAACGGAUGUCACAUUUGUCAAAUGCUUCACCAAGAUGUCGUCCGUCAAACGGGAGAAUCUUCCUGGAAUCUCAUGCAACGGAACCUCACGCUUCCGGAUCUCCAUAAUGGGUCUGAAAAAGCGCAAACAGUGGCCCACAGACAGCCUAGUCCUAACGCGGUUUCCACCUAUGUGCACCCUCCUCCACUACGCAACAGUAAUGGCGAUGAUAUUGUUUAG